UUGUGCUCGUKGCACGUCACGCGAGUCUUUGUUUUUGUUUUUGCAUUUUUAAAAAAAUUUUUCGCAGUCCUUUACUGAAUCAAACAUAUCUUGACUUUGGAUUUUUUGAUUUUGACAACACGAAUUAAAAGAUGGUGAAAGUGAUCCGACAUUCAAUCAAAAGCAUAACUGGCGAGGACAGCGAAUGGGUGACAAACGAAGAAGUGGUUGACGGUAGCGACGCAACGAUAAAGUGUGAGGUAAAAACAGAACAAAAUCAGCUACCGUCGCCGCCUUCGCGACCGGAACCAGAAGAGCUGCCGACACCCGCCAUCGACCCGCAUCCAACGCUAAGACUCAAUCCGAAUCUGGYUACUGACCCAGCCAAAUGGUCGCCGACAGACAAACCGUCACCGCCGGAACCUCCGCCGCCUCCACCGCCUCCACCGUCUGCGAUAAUAACGGCCACCGCAGCCGCAUCAUCWUCUGCAUCGUCCACAUCGUCWUCGUCGUCUUCGUCCUCAUCACUGUCGUCGUCGGCGAUUGGCGAACCUACUCACAACGUGGUAACCAUUACCACGCCUAGAGCAAUUCAAAUAUUCAUUUGCAACCCGUGUGGCAUACGAUUCAGUUCGCUGAGCACGUUGGACGCCCAUCAGACGUACUAUUGUUCGCGAAGACUCAAAAAAGAUUCGGAGUCGGACGAAGUCAAGAUACCGAUGGUYGUCGAAUCGGACGAAAUAGCUUUGGGCAACGACACGGACAGCCGUCCGUCUUCCGUCGAGCCGUCUUUGAAGGCGAUGAGAACUGGRAAACAGUACAAGUGCCCUCACUGUUCGUACAGCGCCGACAAGAAAGUGAGCUUGAACAGGCACAUGCGCAUGCAUUCCAUAUCUCCGGUGUCCGUGCAAUCGCCACCGUGCCCGUCGGACAACGCUGACCCGUCGGUGGUGGACCGGUACUGCCAGAACUGCGACAUCCGGUUCUCCAACCUGCGCACGUACCAGGCGCACAAGACGCACUACUGCAACACGCGGCACGUGGUCAAGCCGACUCCGUCCAGCUCGCCGAUGGCCAAUAACCCAUCGCCCACCGGAGUGGUGCCCACUUACCUGGCKCUGCCCACCAAUCCUGUCAUCGUAGUUCCUUACACACUCGUACAAAACGCAAGCGUCCUGUCCGCGCUGUCCGGGGACAUAGGCCCGUCCCCGCCCACCGACACUGCCUGCAUCGUCCUGUCCGACGGUACGCUGCAGCCCAUCGCCCAGGCGCUGGUGCCCAUCAAGUUUGGCAUGAUCGCCAACAGCGAAAACAUACAGAGAGACAACUCUCAGUCUCCGCCGGAAGAAUUCUUUUCGCCGCCCAAAAAGGCGGAGUCCAUCAGCCCGGAGACGAAGAUGAGACCGGCGGCACAGCCAUCGUCGCCGCUUGACCUGCGGCUGAAGCGCGUGACAAAAUCGUCGCAGGACGCCGCAGGCUGCAUAAACGGCGAAGAGGAAAAGGAGAACAGGCGGAGUGACGGAAACGUGACAGACGCCGAGGACAUAGUGUGCGCGCCAUCCAUCCCGUGCAUGAUACUGUCGCCGUCGUCCUCUCCGACGUCUGGUGGCGGCGGUGACGGCAGUGGCGGAAACAGGACCCCGCAACACCGACCCGGUGCRCACCAUCACCACCAUAUCCAGCAACUGCAACAGCAGCGCCAACAGCAACAGCAACUGCAGCACCACCAGCAACUCCAACAGCAGCACCUCCACCGUAGCCACAAUCAGCUGCCGCUGCAGYCUCCGACCAACGGCAUGGUGCAGCACAGCGGUAAGCCUGUUCCGUCAGCGACCGUUCACGAAGGCAUCGAUCGGAACGGYGGAAAGUUCAGCGUAUCCAGUCUGUUGCACGCGGCCGGCGGCCGGCUGCCAGACGGCGUCAAGCAGGAACCUGCAAACAACGGUGAGUCGCCGCACCACGUGAUGCACCAAUUGCCGGGCGCGCAUCACAGGUUCAGCGCGAUGCACAAGUCGCUGCUGUCCUCGGCCGGCGUGGCUCCGAUUCCACCCGGCGUCCAGCCGCGCGGYCUCGGCGAACUUCUCAACCCGGCCUCCGUGUUGCCGUAUUUUGCACCGGACAUGACGCUCCGACUGACUCCGAACUCGGCGCAGGACGGCAUGCCACCCGCUCACCAUCAGUUCUACUUGAAACAGGGCCCGUCAAAGUGCGAGAGCUGCAACAUCGUGUUCUGCAAGUACGAGAACUUUCUGGCGCACAAGAAGCACUACUGCGCAUCUCGCCCGCCACCGGACGGCGGGGACGGUGACGCGGACAAGACGAGCCCCGAGGGGUCGCCCGGCCCAAAGCCGCUGACCGUGUCGUCGCCGCAGUCGUCCAAGGACAGCGUCAGCCCCACGCCGGUGCUUAAGCCACCCAUGAUCCAGUUUAUAUGCUCCACGUGCGGCGUCAAGUUUUCGUCAUUCGACAAUCUCACCACGCACCAGACUUUCUACUGCCCGAACAGGACCGCGGCCGUGGCGUUGCAGGAACCGGCGGCAGACAAUAAGGCGGCCCCGGCACCGCCAAAGUGUCCCAAGUGCAAAAUGACUUGCGAGGSUCUUGCUAUAAGACCCGAGACUAAGAUGGUACUGCRGCCUGCAGGUAUUAGCGGGACCAAGAUCAAGACAAUACACAUGCUACGAGACAAAGACCAAAAUAAGACCAACACGUCCGACAUUGCAAGGGCAAAAAAUUUUUCCCCGAAAACGCAUUGGUGCAUCUAA